CUUCCAUGGACUUCUUUAAGCAUACUUUGAGGACAACAUUUUUGAUUUAUUCGGUAAUUAUUAAACAUUUUCUUGGACGGGCCUGCCUCAAGGAUUAUCCUGUUUCAAUUAAAGGUUUCUUUGACCAUAUCUUAAAUGCGAAACGUCGCAUAUUGAUAAAGGAGAUCAAGGAUAGAGUUGAAAUCACUUGACACUCGUUUCUGAAGUACUAUCAUCACUCACUAUAUCACUGAGGCAGGCCCUAGAACGAAUUCUCCAGCGAAACUGUAUACGUAGCCGACAAAAUCACAUCCGUUCCGUAAGCGACUAAUAGUGGAGCGGAAGUUGUUGUGGAUAACUGAAUCGAAAUAGUGCUCACAAGACGUCCUCCGCCCUUUUCCAGAGAUCUUAGGAUAUUACAACUAGUUAAGUUGAUUUAGUAGGUAAAACACGAAAAAUAUUUUUAUAACUACUAAUACAUUUUGCAAUGUCGGAGGGCAAAGAAAUGGUCCAGGUAAAGGUAGAGCCACUAUAUACAGAUAAUGAGGCAAAUUUGGAGUCUGAGAGUAAAGCAGAAGAGGCAGAACAUAAUAUACAUAGACAUGUAAAAAAGGAGCCUAUUUGGAACGUUGAGGACUACUCACCGACCAGCCUCUAUAGGGACCAAGUGAUAGAAAAGGACCAUGUGAGUCACACAAGCAGAGAAAUGAAUCACAUAGGCCACGAGAUAAAGAAGGAAACUGAGCAAAACCAUACAGAGGACUCACAAGUUGACUGGUGUAUGGACCAUGUAGUAAAAGUUGAGAGAGAGGUUGAUAUAUCUGAUGGAAGCAAGAUAGCAUCACAAGUUAAUGAACACACUCAAAACACACUACUAGUGCAGAGCAAAGUGCCACAGACUGCAUACACAGACCAUGAUAUAAAAAAGGAGAAUGAGUCGGCAAAAAACGAAAAUACAUCUAGCAUAUCUGAGGCAACCACAACAAGUGGCCAUGUAGACCAAGCCAUGUGGCCAAGUGACCAUGUGGUCAAGAUUGAAAGGGUAGCAGACAUGUACAGUGCAAACAAUGUAGUUCCACAACAUGAGUUCAAUAAGUCUGAGAGCAAACUGGAACAGGCUGGUCAAAAAGGUGAUGAGAAGGCUGUAGUACAGUCUGGCCUGAGCACAGACCAAAUGGUAAAGGCUGAAAGUGCAGUCAUAGGCCUGUACAUGGACCAUGUAGUAAAGGAUGAGCUGGUAGUGGGACCUGAGGUGCUGCAGAGGCCUAAACUCUUACCACAACAAGCAACCAUUAACCACAUUGAGAGUAAAGUCCUUGGUAGGAGAUGCUCUAUCAGACUGGAGAAAAUGCAUGUGGACGUGGAGAGUGGCAUGUGUAGGGUUGGUCUCAAUACAUACAAGCUCCGAAUAUGUCUUCAAAACUACCAAGACAAUCAUGUAAAAAAUGAAGUUAAUAGAUCAACUUCACAAAAACCAAGUAACAAAAGCAUUAAAAUCCAAGAAAAACGAUACAAAUGUGACCUCUGCAAUUAUGCUACUGAUGAAAAAUAUAGGCUUAAAGUACAUGGAAAGGUGCACAGUAAUGAAAAACCCUUCAAAUGCAACCUCUGUAGUUACUCCACUGCCUAUAAAGCUCACUUGCAAAUUCAUGACAGAAUACACACUGGGGAAAGACCUUACAAAUGCGACCAAUGUAGUUAUGCCUCCAUCCAAAAAUGUGACUUGUCGGUCCACAAAAGAGUGCAUAGUGGGGAGAAGCCACACAAAUGUAGCCACUGUAGCUUCGCAUGUAAACGUAAACGUGACUUGUUAGCCCACGAAAGGACACACAAAGUUGAAAAACCGUUCAAAUGUGAUCACUGUGAUUACAGCAGCAACCGCAAACGAGAUCUGUUAAUCCAUGUUAGUCGCACACACUCUUUAAUACCUAUCAUAAAUGACCAGAAUACUUACAAAUGUGACCACUGUACUUACACUAGUCCUACUAGACGAAACUGGAAGAACCACAUCAGAAUAGUGCAUAUGAAAAUUAAACCGUACAAAUGCGAUCAAUGUGAUUAUGAAACUAGAGAUAAAAUUAGGUUUGGAACUCACGUCAAGAAACACACUGGGGAGCCAAUCGAGUUGCGUUAUAAAUGUAGUCAAUGUAAUUACGCUACUGACCAUAAACAUCAUAUGUUAGGCCACCAAAGAACUCAUUCAGGUGAAAAACCUUUUAAAUGUAGCCACUGCAGCUACGCUACGGCCUAUAGACGUGAAUUGGUAGCCCACAAAGCUUUACACAAUGAAGAAAACCCUUACAAAUGCAUUAAAUGUACUUACGCAUGUGGCAGUGAGAGUAAUCUGCGAAACCAUGAAAGGACACACAUUGGUGACAGUGCGAAUAAACUUACAGAAACGUUAACAGAAACUUAAAAACCUGUCUGUUCAGAACAGAGUCAAGACAAUCUCGAAUAUUUUAAUUUUAGUUUAGGGUUGGAAGGAAAAUGGGAGAGUUGUAAAACACAAACAAUAAUUGCUUUACGGUUAUGUUAAGGAGAAAACCUGCACAAAUGCAGAAUAAUAUUUUUAUUAUAGAUAAAGAUGUUAUACAAUUUUUUUUGGACUAUGGUUCAAAUGGUUCAUUAAGGAGAAACAUAUGUGGUAUUUUCUAUAAAAAGAGUAAUUAGGUUUUUGUUAGAAGUAAUCACACGUUCAUCACAGCAUAGCAAUCACAUUUUUCUUAUUUAUUAUUAUAUAAGAUUAUUUUUCUAUUAUGUAGGUAGUAUAUUUGUGCACUUUUUACCAUUGAUGAAUGAGUUUAUUUACAAAUUAAUUUUCAUCACAAAAUAACUAAGUCGUUUCA